AUGAGAGUGAUCUGUGUGUUUUUAUUGAUCGGCGUGGUUUGUGCAGCGCCGGGGGGUAGCAGCAAAGAUGACUCAAUCGAACUGCUAUCUGGUGUGACCCUUGAAAAAGAUGCAUUAGGGAGAGAAAAAUUGAACGUAAAAUUGCAGCCAGGGGAACUGAAAGAUGCCCGCAGGACUUUUGAUGAAGCUAGAGGCAAAAUCAAGAAGUACGCACCACUCCUAGCUGGUAUAGGAGUAAAGGUGAUAGCGGUGGUGGGCAUUCUCUUCGGGGCGCUAACUCUUCUCGUUACUAAAGCCCUGGUUGUCGCAAAGAUGGCGCUGAUGGCAGCUACAGCUCUGGGUCUGCAUAAGAUGUUUAGUGAAGGCGGUUGGAACAGUAUUAGCGGAAAGAUUGCCGGUGUUCAGCCGUCUCCUCAGGCGUGGUCGUCACCCACAGCGCCAUCUAAUGCGUAUCCGUACGCGAGAUCGGUUGACACAGCGAACGAGGCAAAUGACGUAGCAUACAGAGCACAAAAUGCACCAUCUUCAUAA